GUUAACACAAGUUGCACAUAUACUAAGGGAAAUCACUUCCAUGGUUCCCUUAUAUUAUCCUAAAACUCCCUUUUCCUUCCUCUUUACCUUUUUGUUAACCACUUUUCAACCCUUUCUUCUUUAAGAACUCUAAUUCAUUUCUAUCUUUGCACAAAAAAAGAAGGAGAAUUAAGAAAAUGGGUGCUCUAGAUUUCCUUUCAGAUUACUUCUCUGUCACUCCAAAAAAGAAACGCAAGCCAAUGCAGACAGUUGAAAUAAAGGUGAAAAUGGACUGUGAUGGCUGUGAAAGAAGAGUUAGAAGUUCAGUUUCCCAUAUGUCAGGUGUGAAGGAAGUGGAUGUGAAUAGAGAGCAAAGCAAGGUAACAGUGACUGGUUAUGUGGAUAGAAACAAGGUGUUGAAGAAAGUGCAAAGCACAGGAAAAAGAGCAAAGUUUUGGCCAUAUGUUGAAUAUAACUUGGUGGCAUAUCCUUACGUAACUCAAGCAUAUGCAAAGAAUGCACCCUCUGGAUUUGUGAAGAACACUGAAUUAGCAUUACCAAAUCCAAAUGGAGCAGAUGAUAACAUCACUUCUUUCUUCAGUGAUGAUAAUCCUAAUGCAUGCUCAAUCAUGUGAAGAAAUUUUAGGCAUGUGAAGCAAGUUGUUUUUUUAUCAAUUAUUAGUACUAUAUAUAGAUGAAUUAUGAUUUGGAAGCUGUUUUGAGCAUGUUGUAAAAUGUGUGCUUAAUGUUUACUAGUAAUCAAGUUCUGUUUAUGGGGUAAAUGUAGUUUUGUCUAAUCACUAUUCACCACAUU